UUAGCAUUUGAUUUUUGAUUUGAGGUUUCCGAAUUCUAAUUUUUGUAGAUUCCGUGUUUCUUGAAAACCAAUAUUGUUACAUUUAUUUAACUAUUAAUAAACGGUUAAAUAUCCGUUAAACAAAUCCUGCAACUACAAUUUAUUACAUGAUGAACUAGAAUUUUUCAAGUUUGUUAACUGUUCAUUCACAAAAAAGUAAAAGGGAGAAUGGAGAACAAUUUAAGUCGCAGUGGUAGUCGGUCAAGCUCAGUAUGCGAACUCGAAAAGGAUAUCGGUGAUAUGGAAAUAAUCAAAUCUAGGACGAAUCGACGGAGUGUAUUUGUUCGAACACAACCAGCACGAAAAGCAAAAAGGAUAAGAUUUUUCCGAAAUGGUGACAAAUUCUAUUCUGGAGUUAUAAUACCAGUCUUGCCAGAAAGAUAUAGAUCUUUUGAUAGUUUGACAGCAGACCUAACUAGAGUUUUAGUUGACAAUGUCACUUUACCCAGUGGAGUUAGAACUAUAUAUUCACUAGAAGGUAGAAAAAUAGGAAAACUUGAUGACCUGGAAGAUGGACAGUCAUAUGUAUGCAGUGGUUUUGGAGAACCUUUCAAACGGUUAGAUUAUGAAGCAAGUGCAGUGACCCCACAAUCAUUUAGAUUAAGUGGACCUGAGACUCUGAAUGACAGUGCUAGUCCAUCCCCAGCACGAGCAAAUAAUCGCUUAUCUAGAUACCUGCAGACAAAUGGGAGCACCACAACUGGAAAUGGAUCUCCGAGAGUUAGUCCAGCUGGUGAUAAUGUUGUUCGGCCACGAAUUGUAACAAUUAUAAGGAAUGGAGUUAAACCCCGCAAGGUGUGCAGAUUGCUAUUAAACAAACGUAAUAGUCCAACUCUGGAGCAUGCCUUAGCGGCAAUUACUGAAUGCAUCAAACUGGAUACAGGCUGUGUGAGAAAAGUCUUCACACAGUCUGGAACUUCUGUCACUGCACUGCAUCAGUUCUUCGACGAGGAUGAUGUAUUCUUUGCAUAUGGAAAUGAAAGAGUUAAUCAAGAAGAUUUCGAAUUGGAAUUUGAAGAAAGCAAAGCUGUUUUACAAUGUCGAAAGACUCCGAUCACGAGAAAUUCGAGAUCAGGGCCGAAGCCCCGAAUGCCAGUUAAGGCGAGCGGUGCGGCACGAAAAGAAAAUGAAACGACAGGUGGAUCUGGUGACAGCGAGCAAACUCAACUCGCCAACUUACUCCCACACCCUCUGCGCCUUAAGUACAAUGUUGGAAAGAUUAUAGGUGACGGCAACUUUGCGGUUGUAAGAAUAUGUACAGAUAAAACGACUGGCAAGGAUUAUGCCCUCAAAGUGAUUGAUAAGGCUAAGUGCAAAGGAAAAGAACAUUAUGUAGAGGCAGAGGUACGAGUCAUGAGAAAGCUGUGCCAUCCUCGCAUCGUAUCUCUUAUCGAAGAGCAAGACAGCCCCGAAUGGCUAUUUCUCAUUAUGGAGUUAGUUAGUGGUGGAGAUCUCUUCGAUAGUAUUGCGGCUGCCUCCAAAUUUUCCGAACCUCAGUCGCGUUUACUAAUCGGUCACCUAACAUCCGCUAUCGCAUAUCUGCAUUCGCUUUCCAUUGUGCAUCGAGACAUCAAACCCGAGAAUCUCUUGGUGGAAGUAGGUCCAGAUGGCAGUGUUCGAGGCCUGAAGCUGGCUGACUUCGGUCUAGCAGUGGAGGUGUGGCAUCCACUGAAUGCGGUCUGCGGGACGCCUACUUACGUUGCCCCAGAGAUCUUACUCGAAACCGGUUAUGGACUUAAGAUUGAUGUAUGGGCGGCGGGUGUUAUCCUUUACAUAUUGUUAUGCGGUUUUCCGCCAUUCUCGUCCCCGGAUGGCGACCAAGAAAAGCUUUUUGAUGCUAUACUAUCCGCUCGCCUGGAAUUCCCUGCACCUCAUUGGGAGAGGGUUUCCGCUGGGGCCAUUGACCUCGUCGCGAAUAUGUUGCGGCCUCAACCUGAACUGCGCUUUGCCGCUGAAGAUGUGCUUGAUCAUGCUUGGAUGUCGGAGGACUAUGACGAAAUGUGUGGGCUCCACACUUGGUACGAUGAAGACUCCUCAUAGCUACACAUUGACGCUGUAGCGGCUACAUGACGGCUUUACUCAGCUUAGCGCGACCGCGCUAUCAUCAUCCCUGGGCUAAUUCCAAUAUUAAAAAUGUCAAUUAAGCAUACAGCCGUAUUUAAAUGACUCCGUAGAUCGGUACAUGUUUUGAAAUGAAGAAAGUGAUUGCCAUAAAAAAUUAAAAUAGAAAGUGAAUUUUAAGAGAUUAAAGCAUAAUGCUACAUGAAGGAGAAGACAGAUAUAGAUUGGAAAUGUAUUUAUUACUGUUUACGUAAUAGAAGAAUUCGUUAUUUACCUGGAAUUAGCCCCAAGUGGAUGUUAAACUGUUUAGGAAGUUAAUCUGCUGUAUAUCCUUUACAGUAAAAACUGCUUUAUAAUAUAACACCAUAGAUACCAAAGUAUACUUAAAAGUACCAGUGACACUGUGCUUGUGUUCAAUUUUAAAAAAUGUAUUUCAAUCAAUUUUAGUGCGGCAGUGUCUUUUAUAUUGACUGUUCCAUAGAUGCAAUUGUAAGUGAUCAUCAAAUGAACUUUUUUAUUUAUUUUCUUAAUGUAGUUUCUUUUCCAUAGUAAGUAUUUAUGUGGCUGUACCAGUUUCUUUAGUAUUAUUUAGCUUUACAGCUUCUAAAAGGGGCUUGAGUAGGAAAACUUUUAAAGUACAUAUUAUUACUGUGCAAACAUGAGCUAUUUUCAACACAAUUUUUGUUAAAUUUACAAAUGUUGUGGAGAAAGUUUUCUUCCUUAGCCCUUCACUGCAUUUAAGUGACAAAAGGCGUUUUGUUCCUAAUGUUAUGAAUGAAUUGG